UUCAAACAUAUGGUUGCUUGAAAAUGGAUGGCACGGGGCUUUGUUUCAGAGCGUAAUUGCCAGUCGCUUUGAAGUGACUUCUUCUUUGUUUGACCGAAAUUCACGUAACGGAAUGUAUCUUGAAAAAGUAUUUUCCGAAAGGCUAAAUUUGAAGAACGUUUCUACCUCUAGGAACUACAAGUAUGGUUUGGUUAUCGAACAAGGAGUCACCAACGCCAUGAUAGAUUCUUGGUAUUCUAUCGGUAACCAAAAUGAUGGCUUAAACUUAAAAAGGCAAGAAGGAAAAUUGUUGGUGAAUCACUGCGUUGUUCAUUCAAACAGACAAAACGGUCUUUUGCUUACUGACGGCCAAUUUCGUCGACUGCAAUCACUUCAGCUCAAUAAUUGUCAGGUUUCGGAGAAUAGUGAAUACGGUGUUCUAUUUGAAAUUAACUCAGCAUUCUCUAGUUACCAAGAUAACUACACUAUAACUUUGUCAAACUCCACAAUUUCCAACAACGCUUUGGGUGGUUUCAAGUUAAUUCCUAUGUUUUGCUACUGGAAAGCAUAUUCGCUUCAUAGACGCGUUAAACUUUUAUUUGUCGGCAAUGUAGUGACCGCAAACCAAAAGUUCGGUUUACUUGUGGAUGGUCCAGAAUGGUACGAGGCAAAAGCGGUAUUGGCGAAUAAUACAUUUAAAGAAAAUAUUGGGUUUGCCAUAAAGAUUGGGUACAAGAAUUUUUCCAAUUCGCUUUGCAAGGUCUUCAACUCAUUUCCGGUGCGAGUACAAAUUGUGGCAAACAUCUUUACAAAGAACAUAGGAGAGUAUACUUGUUUCAUAGAUUACAAUGCUCUACCGGCUAAACGGCAAGUUAUCAUCAACAAAAACUGGUUUUUAGAGAAUCAAGGAAUCAAAUCGUUUUCCAACAGUUACAUUCGUACUAAGACACAAGCCGUUAUAGCUGCAACAGAAGGAAACAUAACUGUUGAGCAUAACUCGUUUGACAAUCCUUCGUUUCCUCAUGAUUUCGCCUUCUUUUUUAAAGACCACUCUCGUGUAAUUCUAGCCAGGAAAAACUGGUGGGGCACAAGAGAUGAGUGCAAAAUAAAAGACAGAAUUUUUGACUUCGAGGAUCGGGUAGAGCUUCCAAGGAUUCAAUAUUACCCGUUCCUGCUAUUUCGCAAUUCCUCCAGCGCUCAGGUGCAUAGUGGCGUCAGACCCUCUUGUUUCGUUCGCGGCAAUAAGAUUUCUGGAAUAUUAGAUGAGGCAGUCAAUAUAACAAGAUAUUUUUCUCCCUACCAAGUAAUCGGAGAUGUCAUUAUACAGCCUGAGGGCGUUCUUACCAUUGAACACGGGGUAACCCUUGAAUUUCCAUUGAAAGGACUUUUCCUCGUUCACGGCCAGAUUAUCAUGAGGGGUAGCAGCAAAGAAAGGGUAAAUUUUAUCCCAAAGACUCCUUCAGCUCAGAAAUUGAGACUUGUUGAAGGUCCUGGUCCAUGGGAAGGAAAAGUCGAAAUAUGGUUUAAUAACACAUGGCUACCAGUUUGUAUGCGUACCUUUCGAUAUGAGUACAAAGUUGUGUGCAGACAAUUGGGAUACGAAUGGGUGAAAUCUUACCACAAUGACUCAAAUGGAAAAGAUGACAUGUUUCUUCAUAAUGUCCGAUGUGACACAGAUCAAACUGAUAACAUCACAGAUUGUAACAUGAAAAACUGGACUUCGUCAUUAUCAUGCACGACAAAUGUUUUGCAUGUCAGCUGCAAAAUUCCUUUCUGGGCUGGGAUACAUUUCGCAGUAACAUCUAAAAAAAGCUUCUUCCUCAAUGUUGACAUACAGUAUGCGGGUUUUGCAUACAGAGAGGACCUCGGAAUCCCUGGUAUUGCUUUUAGAGUCGAUCUUAGUCGUCACAUAAUCAGUAGGGUUUCUGUAAGUAAUUCUGCCGGCAUGGGUUUUCAAAUCAUGUAUCCAGAUCCAUUUGACAAGUCUCAUGGUAUCGUGAACUCGACAAUAUCUAAAACCGAACUGGAUGGAAUUCGUUUGGAGGCUCCAUUUUUCAGCCUCUUGAGAGUUGAUGUCAUUAACACGAAGGGAUACGGAUUCUUAUACCAUUACAAUUGGAAUUCACUCAAUGCACACGUUCUCACAAUAGCUGAUGAGACUGCGAAGAAAUUUAUUCAAACCUGUACUGAAAAUGAAACUUUUAUUGAUGACUCUAGCUUAGUUUAUUACCUGGCUGUGACGGCAAGGAGCAGUGUAGCUUGCCAGAGGACAAUUACAGUUUCACAGAAGUACACAAUUGGUGUGCAGCUAAUCCAUCAUGACGUAAAUUCAAGUGCACCUUUCUACAUUUAUAGCGGACGAAAUAAGUCAUCGAGCGAAGUCUGGGAUGUUCAGUCAAUAAGAUGGUCAAACCGCCCCAUUUGGAUGACACGCAACAGCUCUAUCCUUCUGGAAAAUUCCUAUGGUCGAAACGAUUAUGUCAGCACGAUUCAUCUUCUUCUGUUUCUCAUUAAAGAAGGCGAAGCUGCAACAUCGAAAUCAGAAAACCUUAUCAUUAAUGACAGCACUUUCAGCCAUAACGCUCCUGGUGGAAUCUAUUUGGGAGGCGAAGACUCAGGAAACAUUCAAAUCGUAAAUUCAGCGGUUCGAUAUUCACCAAGAAACGGCCUUGAAACAGCAUUCUUGCGUUUGGACAGUUUAACGGUAUUUAAUUGUGAAUUCAUGACACAUCAGAUUGGAAUCAAACUAGGAAGUCUUCAAAAAUGGAGGGCUCCUCAAAAAUUGGGGUCUCCAGGUAACGUCAAUAUUGAAAACAGCAAGGUCUCAAACUCAACACAGGAGGCUAUACAUGUGGAGGAUUCCAACAAACUAAAAUCGAUUCAUAUCAAAAACAGCAGUGUUACACAUAACGACGGUUUUGGACUUUAUUUGGGUGGCUUUUACACAAGCGUGAAACUUUUGGUAACUGAAACCCGUUUUGCAUGGAAUCUGGGUACGUCUGUGUACUCACGAGGUCGUGUAUGUCUCUAUCCUUGUAUCUCUCGAUCUGUAUUUAAAAACAGCUCGUUCCUCAACAACCUAGGUCCUGUAGUAAAUAUCGACGGAUCUCCAUGGGAAAUCGAAAGUAACGUUUUCGCUAAUAACACCAAAGCUCCUGUCAUCGUGACCCCAUUUAGUUCACGUAGCGACUACAGACGUGAAGUCUUUGUGAGAAAAAAUCACUUCUUACUUAAUGUUUGCGAGGAGAAGGGCGUGAUAUAUAUUACAGGAAACUCAAAGAAAAUGAUCAUCGAAGGAAACGUCUUUAGAGAAAACUACGGUCGAUCCAUUUUCAUUGCGGAAAUGUUUCCCGCGAAUGCUACCAUAAGAAGUAACGUGUUCAAAGAUAACCGGUGCCCGAACUCUGGAGUUAUUGAGGUGAGAAGAAUGGAGAUGGAUAUCGAGAUUGUUGGCAAUGUUUUUCAGUUUAACCAGGGACUAUUCAUGGUUCGUCUUCAUUGCGAAUAUGCCAUUAGAAGUAGGUUGUUUUCCGUACAAAAAAAACUAAAUUUCUCUAAAAAUUCGCUAUCGAACAACACAGAGGUGUCAUCCCGAACUCAACCAUGCGAAGUAAGGAUAUCGGGACUUACGAAUAGUAAGGCUAUUUCCAUAAACUACAACAUCUUCAAUAGCAACAGCUUCUCAAAGGAACUUUGUGUUAACACACAUGCAUCUUCACACAGAAGUAUACUGCCAGUGCCGCUAAACUUUUGGGGGUAUGAAGAUGAGGUCAAAAUAAAGCAGAGAAUAUUUGACGCUGAAGACAAUUACGAACACACCUUAGCCGGUUUUCAUCCCUUCCUCAACAACGCAGGGAAUGUGGUACAAAAUUCAAGCACCCGAAACACAUUUGAUGUACCUGCCGAGAAGUACUUGGGGGGACGUAUCCUAUUUAGCGUUCAACUAAGAAAAAACCAGAGCCCUUUCAUAGUGCUGUCAGAUGUCACUAUUUUGCCAAAUGCUUCGCUUACAGUUGAAGCAGGAGUUGAAGUACGGUUUAAACCAGGCGUCGGCAUGUUGAUUUUGGGUUCUCUCUUCGUGCACGGAGCAAAGGAUGAACCAGUAACAUUUUCUCUAUGGAAAAGGAACCAAAGUGAAAAGUCAUUACCAGUUCGUUUAGUAGGCGGUAAGUUUCCCUGGCAAGGUCGGGCAGAGAUAUUUCAUCAAGGAAAUUGGACCCCAGUGUGUUUGAACAAAACAGCAUCAUUUGAAACAAACAGCGCUAAAGUGGUGUGCGAACAUCUAGGCUAUCAAACGCCAUUAAAUACGAGCUUUUCUCCUGAAAAAUGUACCAGUGUUUGGACGUCAUGUGCAUUUUUAAGUUGUAAUGGCAGUGAGGCAGAUGUCAAAGAAUGUUCAUUCUCUUUCCACAAUCUCACUUGCAACUCGUCUACUCAUGUCCUAUUGAACUGCAGUGGGGGAAAGCCUUGGGGAAACAUACGAUUUGUCCGCGAAGUUAACAGCUCAUCGCAUCAUUCUACAUCAUAUUUACAGCACGUUAACAUUGAGCAUUGUGGUGAAAUACAUGGUCACGAAGUUGCUGCUAUUGAAUCGAUUCAGUACGUUCCAGAUCUAAGUUUUUUGACUGUUCUUAAUUGCACAGCAGGUAGUAUCAAAGUAUGGUUUCCAGAAAAGCAGGUUUCCAUAACGAACAGUUCUUUCAUGAAUUGCGGGGGCAAUGGAUUUGAAAUAAUGAACGCUAAACAAAACGUUGCUAUUGAGAGCGUAAGAUCGGUAAAGAAUAGUUACGGAUUGCGUUUUACAAUACCGAAUGGUGGUUGGAUGCACGGUUUACCGUACGGACAAGCUGAUGUGUGCGGUUCGGAAAAACUGGUUCCCGUAAAGGAUCGCGAAGUAUUCUUAUACUUUAGAAAACCAUUUCUGACUUAUUCAAAUCCACGUGUAUCUUGUUCCGUUUCCGUUUAUUCACAAGAAUUUUAUGGUCUUGCUGUUCAGAUGCUGGUGAUGCGAAAUAUGCAAUAUCUGUCGAUUUAUAACCAUAGAUCUGAAGUCUUGAAGUUUUCCCCUAAAGAUCUAGGCCCAUUGUCAAGACGGGUGAUCCCAUGGAAUUAUAUUCGAGUUGAUUUUGAAGGCUGGUUCCAGAGCGAGAUGAUUUUACGAGUGCAUUCAGUUGAAAAAAAGGAUAUCCCCUGCACAUUUGAAAGAGGUCUUUGUGGAUGGAGAAAUUAUCCCAGGCCAAUUUACAAAGGCGUUGCCGUUACCCAAAAAUGGCACUUGGAUAGCCGCAGAGGUCUCUUCUCUUCAGUUAAUGACCACACAUAUUUAUGGAAAUCAGGAACCUAUAUUAGGCUUGGACUCUCUUACUUUCAAACGGGUUAUGGAGCCAUCACCAGUCCACCAAUUUCCAACGACAGCAACUAUUGUUACUUUGUGUUCUAUUACAAACUCUGGAUGAAGGGAACGGCGUAUCUAUCAAUCUUACUUGAAGGAUUGAAUGGAAAUGAGUCGACAAUAUUGUGGUCUACAAACGAUACCAUGGACUACUGGAAAAAGGAGGUUAUUAUGCUGCCCCAGACGUCCUCUAACUACUCGAUUGUCUUCUUGGGAUUUUUCCGGUACACUGCCUUUAUUGCCAUAGAUGACAUGGACUUUAUUCAAUGCGGUUUAUCACCUGGCGUCAUGCACAGUGUGUCUGAGAGUGUUUUUAGUGGCAAUUAUGAACAAGGAAUAAGUUACAUGUCGAAUCAGACUAAAAGCCAUAUCCUCAAAAUAGAGCGUUGUCAGAUUACAAACAAUGGUCUGAGUCCAGUCCUCAACGGGAAGCCACCUGGAGCUAUUCAUCUUAAUGCCGUAGAUCAAGUGUUUAAAAUCGUUAACAACUACUUGGCCGAGAACAAAAAUGGAGGUAUUUUUUCCAGCGUACGCCAUGAAGAUCCGCCAAGCCAGCCACCGCAAAUAAGCCAAAUUCAUGCAAACACAUUAGAGUCAAAUAAAGGAGGGACGUUGAUCCUGGAGGGAAAUUCCGAGCCCUAUUUGAACGUUAACGUUACCAAUAACUAUUUUUCUCUCAACCUGGCUCAAGAUUGGAAUGGCAUAGGAAACAGUGUUUGCAACAUAACAAGGUUAUUGGCGAUUGUUCGUGGAAAUUUCUUCUACAAGAACAUCGGACACUAUGUCUUUUUUUACGAUCUUCCUAAAACAAAUAUGACAGGUCUUCAAUUUGUGAAUAACACGUUGUACAAGAAUAGCGCAUCGGGACUUAAUGUCAACUAUGGAGCAACAAUUCUUUGCAACGGUGGAGCAGAAAUCCAUGGAAACGUUUUACAUAACCCUGGAAACCGCUAUCAAAUAAGCACAACAAUGCAAGGAAGUUCAUUGAUUGCCAACGCCACGUUCAAUUGGUGGGGUGAGAAUGUGCCAGAUCUGAUCGCUUUCCUCAUUCUGGAUAAAAAGAAAGAAUACCGCCUCUCACUUACAGUGAUUUUUCAGCCAUUCAUCGAGUUGCUGCCUCGAAGAGUUAUAUCUGAGUCAUGCCCACCUGAGUGGAUAAAAGAGGAUGAGAUGUGUUUCUUGUACAAAGGAGGCUCUCUCACAUUCCAUGAAGCCGAGAAAUAUUGCUGGAGUUAUGGUGGAAAUCUCAUAACUAUGUUAUCGGGCGAAGAUAAACGACUCGUAAACAGUUUGAGGCAACAGGAAUCCUUGGUCCGUCCUAGUGUUUUGCCUUCUUUGUGGAUCAUGGGUAGGCGUUUCGUAAGAGAGCCCAGAAGCAGCUACGGUCAGGACAAUGGAAUAUGUGCUGUUGUUGAUAACUAUGGGAAUAUUACAGAGUCACACUGUAACCGACUUAAUCCAUUCGUUUGCGUGAGGAGACCAGAGCAACAUUAAACAAUCAAGCGACCUCCUUGUACCCGCUGACAAGACCUCCGAUUUCUACAAGAUGGAUAAACGCACAUACAAUGGGCUUUUACAGAAGAAUAUAACCAAGACCUACAAGAAAGUACCACCUAACACCACAGUAUCUAUUGAGUUGGCAAGCAAAAGAAUCGCUAAGAAAUUUGACUUAGACGAAAGAGUAAACACCACUGCCAGACGGGAAGCCUUUAUAACCCUUCAGGACCACAAGCCCAACUUUGCCAACAACCCGACCUGCUGUCUAAUCAACCCAGCCAAAUCAGAAAUCGGGAAGAUCAGCAAACAAAUUCUCGACCGAAUAAACAGGGGCACUGUCAACCACCUAAACUUAAACCAAUGGAAGAAUACUAAGGCUGUUUUAAGGUGGUUCAACAACAUAACGAAUAAAGAGCGAUACUCAUUCAUCGCUUUUGAUGUGGUAGACUUUUAUCCCUCCAUCUCUGUUGACCUUCUAAACACAGCAUUAGAAUUCGCUUCCGGCCAUGUCAGCAUAACUGAUGAAGAACGAAACAUCGUCCUUCACGCGAAAAAAUCCCUUCUCUACAGUGAAGGUGAACCAUGGGGAAAGAAAACAUCGGCUGACCUCUUCGACGUGACCAUGGGAAGCUACGACGGUGCAGAGUCAUGCGAGCUCGUUGGCUGUUAUCUCUUGUACACCAUCAAGGAGAAACAUGGCCACAACUUUGGCUUAUACAGAGAAGACGGCCUCGGAGUGAUCCGGGAAUCACUCCGAAAAGCAGAGAUAAUUAAGAAAGAUCUCUGCAGAUUUUUUGAGAGAUAUGGCCUUAAAAAAACAAUCGAGACCCACAAGAAAGUCGUAAACUUCCUUGAUGUCACUCUGAACCUUAACAAUAGGGACUUUAAGCAAACCACGACGGC